CUAGAGCUGGCUCUUUCAAAGAACAUCAGGCAACCGAGCCCCUGCUCCAACACGACGAAGAAACUUCACCGACAGUGAUCGGCGGCAAUCAAUCGGUCUCCCAUGUUGCGUGCAUACUGCGAUACUUUCCUCUGGUCACCGCGCUGUUGUGCGGCAUCUUGUUAUUCGGUUUGACCAUCGUCUCGUAUCGACGACCUGAAGUGAUCUCCUGGAUUACCGGAGACCCUGACUGGGAUUUAUACAAGGGAGACAAUGGAACUUUACCAAUUCAACCAGUUCCUGCCAUACAAAAUCAUACAGAUCAUUCAGCACAUCCCGACCAUGCAGACUUCGAGCUGGUUAUUGACUACUCGAACUAUACGAGGUUCCCCUUAACCACCAUGGAAUACGCGGCUGAGUGUUGGAAACUCAACCAAAAGCCGCAUGAUCAUGGCGAUUAUUGGGCCCCCGAUCACCAUGGCGUUCACGAUGUGAUACAUUACGAUUCACCAAAUAUAUGUUCAAGCUCGAUUACGUACAUGCCUGACGGUGAGAUUGGCCUGGUUGCCGAUCUGGCGUUGAUAGCACAGCUAGCUGGGAUGGCAAGAGAAAGAAAUCGAACCUUCUUUAUUGACGACACCUAUUGGAAUAGAGGGCGCUGGCUCGAUUGCUUCGAGGAUAUUCGUACAACUGAGCCUGGGCCAGAGCCAAAUUGUCUUCCUCCCCCAUCUGAGGAACUUGUGGCGUGUCCAAGACUAGCAAGGCAUUGGGUAGUCACUUCGCACACGGCCAAGUUCCAUCUAGUCCACGACUUCAACGAGGGGUAUGAGGAUCCAUACAAACAAUCUGUGGGCCGACAGAGACCCAUUUUGGAGAUGGGACGAAAAUCGCUCAUGGAAACCAUUCGCCCUAAGCAACAUAUCAUAGAUCUUAUCUAUCAAACCAGAAAGACCUUAAGGGAGCACCCAUAUGUUGGAGUUCACAUUCGGCGCGGUGACCAAGCCGCUAUGUCGUGGAGAUAUCACAAGGGUUAUGUUCCCACGCAUGAAUACGUGAACGCGAUCGUGACCUUGCUCCCGGAUAUCAAGACGGUAUAUAUCGCGACUGAUGUACUGAGCGCCGUGGCGGAAUUCACGGAAUUGGCACCGGAAGAAUGGAAUGUUCACACAUUGUCGGCAACGGUUGGCUCUGAAGUGGAGUACCCAGUCGACCGGGAAACAGAGGGUUACUUCCAGAAGCAAUGGGAAGAAGACAUCCCUAACAAGGAGAGAAUAGCUUUGACACGAGGAAUGAUCGUGGAUUUAGCCCUGGUCACUGGCGCAUGGGCCGACGACGAGAGCGUUCAGCCUGUUGCCGUGGUGUGCACACUGAGUUCGCAUGUGUGCAAACUUGCUGCAAUGACAUUGGGUUGGGAGAGAGCGAUGGAGGAGAAACGGUGGGUUGAGAUAGAUAAUCGAGGAGACAUUGAGCCUGUAUGGAGCGCGUUCCAGCUGUAUCAUUAGUAGCUCAGAGGAUGGGCGCACCUGUGGUAGAGUUUCUCCGGUGAUUAUCCGUAUUUGG